UCGCCCUCCAUUCCGUGGAGACUAUCAGCGGGUGCUUAUCGGCCGUGUUUGUUUGAUUGAUUCCUGGAUUCGGGACCGCUUUUUGUUCGAUCGUCGAACAAGCUGCCCCUUUGUUCCUGCCGGCUCGGGAUCUGUGGACCUUUCAAUCUGGAAGAAUAUAUCGGUGUUGGGGCGUCGUGUAAGAUUGUUCAGUAGAUCGAUCGAGUAAAGGGUUUCUUUUGCUUGCCUAUAUAUUUUCUAGUUGGGGCAGUAUUCGAGAACGCUUCUCCUGUUCUACUGGGAUAAUGACCUGUCGAUGAUUUCAAUUAGAAGCUUUUUGCGCUUGAGGCGGGAUGACACAAGAAUGGGGAUCUAAGAUCUUGGAAUUGACUAACAACUAGAUAUUUGUUGUAUGGCCACCAAGACACAUUUCGAGAUUGUGGCUGUCUUUUAACUUCUGGGUCCAUUUCCUUGUGUGGGUCGAUGAGUAUCGAGUGCGAUGUAAGGGAAUGCGUGUAUCUCUGAGAACAAGAUUCUGAGAGUAAGACCAAGAACUUUAGGGAAAAGCAGAAGAGGAUAGGAUUCAGUGUCAACGUCAAGAAAUUGUCCAUCUAAGGUGUUUGUUGUAUUGCUUCAAUCUGGUCUGGAUUGGAAAAUUUUGUUGCAAUGAGUUUGGUUCUGACUUCAGUGCUUCAUUGCCUAUUUGAACAAGAUGGCAGAUGUCGCCAAGGACCUGGCGGCCGGAACUGUUGGUGGAGCUGCGCAGCUGAUCGUGGGCCAUCCAUUUGACACCAUUAAGGUCAAGCUUCAAAGCCAACCAGCACCACUACCUGGCCAACCCCCCAAAUAUUCUGGCGCUAUGGAUGCAGUGAGGCAAACAAUGGCCGCUGAAGGCCCAAGGGGCUUGUAUAAAGGGAUGGGUGCUCCACUGGCAACUGUUGCAGCAUUGAAUGCUGUUCUGUUUACUGUGAGGGGACAAAUGGAGGCAUUAUUGAGGUCAGAACCUGGCACUCCACUUACGGUGAAUCAGCAAGUUGUAUGUGGUGCUGGUGCUGGAGUUGCAGUUUCCUUCCUAGCAUCUCCAACAGAAUUGAUCAAGUGCAGGCUGCAAGCUCAGAGCGCCCUAGCAGACUCAGCUGCAGCGAAGUAUGGAGGACCUAUCGAUGUGGCAAAGCAUGUUGUUCGAGAAGCUGGUUUUAGAGGCCUAUACAAAGGCUUGGUUCCAACCCUGGCACGUGAAGCUCCUGGUAAUGCUGCCAUGUUUGGUGUAUAUGAAGCCCUCAAGCAGUAUUUUGCCGGUGGUCAAGACACUUCAGGGCUGGGACGGGGGCCAUUGAUCGUAGCUGGAGGCCUGGCCGGAGCAUCUUUCUGGCUAUUUGUCUACCCAACGGACGUCGUGAAGAGCGUGAUUCAGGUUGAUGGCUUCAAGAACCCAAAGUACUCGGGUUCCCUUGAUGCCUUCAGGAGAAUACUGGCUGCAGAGGGAAUGAAGGGCCUGUACAGAGGUUUCGGACCAGCCAUGGCACGCAGCGUCCCAGCUAAUGCAGCUUGUUUCUUGGCAUAUGAAGUGACCAGAUCAAGACUUAGGUGACCUUGUCGAGUGCCUCCCCGGAUUCUUCACCUGAUACUCUUGAUUAAAGGAUAGAUUCGAUCAAAUAAAUCAGUUCUCUCGCCAUUGAGUAGAACCCCUGUCCAUGCUCUGAAACAUUGCUUGGUUUUUGACAAUUCUUUUAUCAAUUCUCUUCUUGUACUCUCUGUGACAGCAGAAUUCUUUUCAGAAAUUUAAUACUUGUCAGCUAUAUCUUCAAAUCA